GUGCAGAAAUAACCAUUUUUGUUUGGAACGGGAAAUGAUUGAGGAACGUUGUCCGGAGCAUUGACUCCGUGGAACAACGUGACAAUAUUGUAAAGAUAAGAAGAAGAAAUACAAUUAGUAGUUAUUACCAAACUUGCUUGGUUCUUAUGUAAGGAUCAUCGUGUUAACGUUGAGAGAUACUUUUCUCUCUUGAUCUAACGACCACUUGCGGGUAACAUAUGGUUGCAUCCCACUCGACAUCAUCAACAAGCAACCCUCUCUAACACCGCUCGCCAUCGUUAGCAAAUCCUCCUCCAAUAUUCUCGUCAGAUUCCAACAGAAGCUAUAUUAUAUUAUUAUGGGUUCGGAACGUGAAAUUGCUGCUUCGAUUCGAGAUAAGUUUGUACGAAAGGAUGAUCAGCUACCACCAUCAUCUCAGUGCCGUCGUUGCAUAUUUAGAGUUCCACAUAUGCUACGCAGGCAUAAUGAAAAGGCUUUCAUGCCAAAAGUAGUUUCGAUCGGUCCAUUUCACCACGGGAAUACGCAGCUGCAAGCAAUGGAAAAUAUUAAGCUAUUGUAUUUGGAACACCUCGUCCUUGGAACAGGAUUUGACAUAUUGGAGAGCUUGGUAAAAGCCAUCCAAAGCAUUGAGUGGGAAUGCCGUCACUGUUAUGAAGAUCCAGUCGUUGAUCAAAUUCGUUUCAACGAAUUCAUAGAGAUGAUGGUCAUUGAUGGUCAUUUUAUCCUUGAAUUCCUCUGCAGAUAUCUGGAAAAACGGAAGAGAAUACGAGUACUGGAUACUGAUGAUCAAGUGUUCAAAACGUCAUGGAUGCCAAGGAAAAUAGUAGCAGACUUGCUUCUACUUGAGAAUCAACUUCCUUGGUGCGUGAUCGACUGUUUGUACAACGUGAUGAUUUCAACUGGUCUGGACCGCUUCUGCACAGUUGCAAGUCUUGUUGCCGUUCCUUUUUCAGAAUACAGAAUGUUCAAAAUGGGGAACCAGAUUUCCCCCGCAAGAACAUACAAGCAUUUACUCGAUUUCUUCCGAGCUGAGUUAGUUGGAUCAUGCCGUACAGAAUGGCGUGCACCACUGUGUGCAGAUUGCUGUAAGAGCUGUGAGGAAGCCUUAGUGUGGAAACCGAUUCCGUCCGUGACGGAGCUUUUGGACUUUGAAGUUAGUUUCUUUCCUGCUCCAGAUCAAGACGAAGUUAGCAUCCUCGAUGUAAAGUUCGAAGAUGGAAAAAUGAAAAUCCCAAAAAUAUUUAUAGAUGAGAACACAGAAUCUUUGUUCAGAAACCUCAUCGCACUUGAGCAUUGUGAUCCUAGUAUGGGCACUCAAGUCACCUCUUAUGCUGCGAUCCUGGGUUGCCUUGUUAAGUCCCCCGCAGAUGCACUUCAUCUCAAACAGAAAUAUAUUCUACAUAUUGGUUCGAGUGUGCAUGAGGACCCAGCAAUUAGUUUCUUACACAGCCUUCGUAAUGAUACCAGUUUCCAUGGUCCUCUCUACUUAGAACUCUGCAGAGAUGUGAACACAUUUCAGUCCGAACCAUUUAGAAGGUAUAAGGCUACUCUGAGGCGGGAUUAUAACUUAAAAGAUCCAACGACGUUCUUAACUGUCGUGUAUGGAAUCGCGUUUAGUCUAUUUCUUGGUAUUUUACAAACCAUAUUUGCUAUCCUCUCCUACUUUAAAUAAGAGCAUACUCAGUUCAUGAUCCUAGCUCAGUUCAAGUAAUAUCUUGUAUGUUACUUUUUUGCAAACUCGAAUUUCUAUUUGUAUUUGUUUGUCUAUGGAGAACAAAAUUGAUAAUGUAUAGAAUUGAAUAAUGCUAGACAUAUAUAUACUAUCCAUAAUAUUACAUCAAA